AUGGCGGCCACUCCCCAGACUCUGUCAGCUCCUCCGCCCGCAGCCGCGGCCGCCCCGAACCUCGGCAUACGCAAGAGGCAACCCAAGGGCAAUAAUAAGAAGAAGAAGCUCGCGCGCUCCGACCAGGAUGACUCUGUCCGCCGCCGCCGCAACAAGCCCAGCGCCAAGUUCCUCAAGCUGCUCCGGAAGCGCGCUCGCGACUACAACUCCGAUGAUGAAGAGGAAGAUGACGACGAUCAGCAGCAGGAGCACCCGCCGAAUCCCCGCCGCCGCCGCGGUGACGACGACGGCGACGAUGACGAGGCCCUCUCCCACUCCGAGCCGGAGGAGGACGAGGACGAGGAGGACGAAGAGGAGGGGGCCUCCAGCUCGGCCGUCACGAGGUUCAAGCAAGGCUGCAGGGCGUUCCGCGUCGCCUUCCUCAAGAUCAUGUCCAAGAAACUCCCCGACGAUCCCCUGGGUCCAAUCAUGUCAGCGCACAAGACAUUGGUGGCCGCCAAGUUAGCCGAGGAGGUGGAGGAGCACAAGCCCAAGGGAGAGGCUCGAAAGGAGAAGCGAGUGGUGAGCAUGGCACAAAAACCUCGGAAAGAUUUGAACCCAUCAAGGACUAAAGAUGCCAAAGUUCUAGAAAAAGAAAGAAAAAACACCUUCCUCGCGGAACUGGAUAUGCCAUCUCGUCAAGAUAAAAAGAGCAAGGCAUCUUCCAAUUUUUCCAAGCAUACUGGCAAAGAUGAAGAUGAACCAGCAUGGGCACCUCUUCGUGACACAUACAUGCUUGGUUCUAAAUUGAAGGAAUGGGACAAAAUGAAGGAUUCUUCUGCGGCCAGUGAGGAAAAAAAAGGUUCCUUUAAGUGA